GAUCUAUCUAUGACUAAACGUUUUCUCCGUUCAAAAUGACAGUACAUAAAAGAGAGAUAUUUUUUUCCAUCACUUUCCUAGUGAUGUUAACGCUUGUUUUGCUUUGUUAUUACGAUACUUUUUCGUGGAAAGUUCGAUCGCGAGUUGUUGGAACUUCAAAGAUCAUCAAAUCUUUAGCACCAACAAUGGAAGAAGGCGAAAAGUUGUUGUCUUUUCAAAACCGAGAAAAUGGUUCUAAAGAAUCCCCCGAUAUGAAAAUCAUCUUGUUUUACACUUCAUUCGGUUCCGUACCACUGCCAUGGCCACAUACCAUUGGAAGAGAAAAAAACCUCACCGACUUCAGGAACAGACCUUGCAAAGUUUCUUCUUGUAAGUUUUCUAUUUCUAAGGAUGAUAUCUCUAAAAGCCAUGUCGUUAUUUUUCACGGCUAUUCGACGCCCUCUCCUGAGGAAAUGAAAGCUCUUGUCCUGAAGAAACCCAAGGAUCAGAUGUGGGCUUGGUUUAAUGAAGAAAGCGCUGCUCAUACGGCAAACUAUCACUUUGAAAAGAUAAAUAAUAUGUUCGAAUUAACGAUUACUCAUAUGCAAGAAUCCGAMAUUCAUACUCUUUAUGGCGAGUACUUUAAGCUAGAGGAUAAAGCCAGGGCCGUAGCUGAAAAAAAGUAUGCGAAUGAAAACUUUGCUGAAGGAAAAGAUCGACUAGUUCUUUGGUUUGCUAGCAAUUGCGUAUCUCUUCGACUGAACAUCGUAAAAGCGAUCGCCAAGCAUAUUAAAGUUGAUGUAUUUGGUCGUUGCCAAAAAUACUUCUCUAAACAAUCAGGCAGCUGUCUCCGAAGGAGUCGAGAAUGCCAGAAAAUAAACGAGAAGUACAAGUUUUUUUUAUCGCUUGAAAAUAGUAAUUGUCGAGGAUAUUUAACAGAAAAAUAUUGGRAAAACGCUUUGGAUAGAAAUGUUGUUCCAAUCGUUGUUGCUGGAAGUUAUAACAAAGAUGUUUUAAUCCCUGGUUCGUACAUCGAYAUACUGGAUUUUCCAAACGCCCUAGCAUUGACAAACUAUCUAAAGUACCUGGACAAAAAUGAGACUGCGUAUAACCAAUACUUUGAGUGGAAAAAGAAAUACAGAUACACGAGAGAGACGAACUGGAUAUGUGAUUUGUGUGAGUAUUUGCAUAGAAACGAAACAAAAAAAUCCUUUUGGGAUAUGAAGAAGUUUUACGGUGCAGAGGAGAAUUGCUUUGCUGAUGAUUAUCGUAUUCAAAACGAAUGGCUAGAAUCAAACGACCUGCUUCGAAAUGUAAUAUUUUUCUUUAUUACACUUAUGAUGGUAUUAAUGCUUAUAAUGGUUUACUAUUACGACCCUUUUUCGUGGAGAACUCUUGCUUUUCGCGUACUACAAAUCUUCAUUUUGUAGAACGAGCAGCCGAGCGAGGGUGAUGCGAGGUUGCGAGGCGGCAGCAUCCUAUUAGAGCCGAUGCAGGAGAUCGAUCUAGACAAAGGACCUUUGAUCUAGACCAAUCGGAGCGCCAAAAAUUUCGACGUCAUCAUCUGCAUGUGCUUAGCUUAGUACGUGCUUCGUAUCACGUAGCUGCUGUGCGAUUCUAAGCGUAGACUUGCCCCAAGUCGACCUCUCUUGUUUUCCCGGAGUUUGGAGAUUUGCUUGUUGACUGUUUUCUUUUUACUGUGCUGCACAUUUGCAGCUACAAUGUUCAAUACAACAGCCUAAACYAAAACAAAAAGUACAUUACUGUACAAGCACUACAUCAUUUCUGUACUAUACUGUACUGUGCUGUAUAAUUUCAUUUAAAGAAAUCUGCGAGUUUUUUUCUGAACAGAGUUCAAAAUACUGGGAUUGAACCAAAUCAAUUGAACAUCGCUUAAAAUCCUGCUAAAAUCCAGCGUUGUCUAUUUCAUUAUGGUGUAAUAGCAAACUAUAGUGCAAUGAUCAGUGAUCACGUCUGACAAUAUAAUCCGUAUUCAGCUCAUUAUAUCAAUAAACAAAUACAGUAAAGACGUCUUCAAAUUUCAAGUGUCCUUAAUGCGGGGUUGUUUAUGUAUGGAACUGUCAUUCAGGUCCUAGAAAUGUGUCCUUUGUACUAAUUAACGGCUGUCCUUAUAAAGCGGGUUAAUUUAACAGAAAAUGUAUGGAGCUUUCGUUGGGACUUUGAAACGUGUCCUUAAUAACGAGGUGUCCUUAUUAAGCGGGUGUCCUUAGAGCGGGGUUCCACCGUACUCACAUCAGCGACUGCCAAAUACAAAGUGACAAGCAAGCUUGCUAAAAGUCGAAUAGCAUCCCCUAAAGCAAUCACAUAUUUGAAUGAAAGAAUUUAUUUCAGGAUGGCCRAGUACGUUUUCAUUCUCGACCAGAUAUAAAAUGUAAUAUUUAUUAUUAGUUAUACUGUUCGUACACAUUAGUAUUUAGUUCAGGGCGGAUCAAGAAAUAUUAAUGAGAUGCCCAGUCUUAUAAGUCUCGUUCCCUUUUCAUUUUGUUUCGCCUAUUCCCUUCGGAAGUCUGUCGGAACCCGAAAAUUGAAUUCGACGACUCGCCAACGGAAAAAAAUAACGAGUGAGACUUGGAGCAAGUCUAUAGCAAGGACGACUAUGAAAUUCUUGUGAUAUUUUUUGUUGCCUGUGAUCACGAUUGUGAUUGGUCGAUUAGGUCACGUGCCACUUGAUCACCCUCCUCUGGGUAGCAGUGGUGGAGACUUGUGUUGUCAAUCAUCUGUCAUCGCGAGAUGGAGAUGGGACGGAGAUAGGACGGAGCAGGCAAUACUUGAAAUAAUAGACACUCUUAAAUCAGAAACUGAUAAUAAGAAAAUUACAUGUGGUAUAUUUUUGGACUUUAAAAAGGCAUUUGAUACUGUAGAUCACAAAAUCUUGUUAACCAAACUAGACUCAUAUGGUGUUCGUGGCCUUGCAUUAAAAUGGUUUGCUAAUUACCUU